AUGAUUUGGUUGCCGCUCUUAUCGUCUCUUCUUCUGGGGUCCGUAAAGGGACUUGACCUGGAUACGACUUCACAAGAUUCUGUUUGCGAUGCAGCCACGUUGAUCGUCGAUGGUAUUAUGGACUAUUACGAAGGAAUUCGCUAUGGAGGAACCGUGGGUAUGUUUCAACCUCCUUACUACUGGUGGCUUGCGGGAGAAGUCUUUGGUGGUUUGAUUGACACGUGGUAUUUUUGCGAAAAUGAUACCUACGAGACGAUCAUUUAUGACGCCUUACUAGCCCAAAUUGGUCAAGAUAAAGACUACAUGCCUUCCAAUCAGACUGCAACUGAGGGUAACGAUGAUCAAGCGUUUUGGGGACUUGCGGCUCUCGAGGCCGCUGAAAGAAAUUUCACCAACCCUUCUGGAGAAUAUAAGGACGUUUCUUGGAUGGGACUGGCCCAAGCAGUGUACAAUACCAUGUGGUCCAGAUGGGAUACCACUAACUGUGGUGGAGGCUUGAGAUGGCAAAUUUUUACAUGGAAUACGGGCUACGAUUACAAGAACUCUGUCUCCAACGCUGGUCUGUUCAACAUCGCUGCGAGAAUAGCCCGAUACACGUCCAAUGAUACCUAUGCUGACACUGCGAAGACUAUUUACGAUUGGCUCAGAGAUGUGAAUUUCAUCUCCUUGAACGGAAACGGCUACCAAGUUUAUGAUGGUGCGAAAAUCGGAACUGAUAACUGUUCUACCCUGUCCAAAGCCGAGUGGACCUAUAACUACGGCAUCUUGAUAGGUGGUUGUGCAUACAUGUACAAUUAUACUGAGGACCAAAGUUGGUUGACUGAAGUGGGAAGAUUUUACGAGGGCAUCUCGGCAACUUUCCUUAACAACUCGAUCAUUUAUGAGCGCCAGUGUCAAGAAUCAGGAACUUGUAACAAUGACCAAAGAUCGUUCAAGUCGGUGUUCAGUCGUAUGCUUGGAGCAACGGCCAAGCUGGUUCCCGAAUACCAUGACAAGAUUAUGGACAUUAUUACUGCCUCUGCUAAAGGAGCCGCCGAGUCCUGUAGCGGAGGAAGCGAUGGACACACGUGUGGAAUGAACUGGGCAUAUGGGGGAUGGGACGGUUGGUACGGUCUCGGUGAGCAAAUCUCGGCCCUCGAAGUGAUCCAAAAUCUGCUUAUAGAUAAGCACGAUGCUCCGUAUUCUUACUACGGAGGACGCCGCACCAAUGGCACCAGCUCUUCCCGCGGAGGCGGUUCGUCGAACAUAGACAACGAGGCGGGCACCAGCGCGGAUGACGAGUCCCUGAACGCAAACUCCAUGAGAAUCAAAUCAAAGGAUCGUGUCGCAGCCGGAAUAAUUACAGGAAUUGUUUUGGCCAUUGUGAUUGCGCUCACUGUUUGGAUGCUUGUGUGA